AUGUCGUCUGCUGUCACCGAGACGGAGGAGUCGGCGCGCAGCUCCCCGCUGACGCCGCUGAAGCUGGUCGGGCUGGUGUGCGUCUUCCUGGCGCUCUGUCUGGAUGUGGGCGCCGUGAUGAGCCCGGCGUGGGUGACUGCCGACGACCAGUACUACCUCUCCCUGUGGGAGUCCUGCUGGAAGCCGGCGAGCACCGAGAACUGGCAGUGCAACAGCACGCUAGGAUCAGACUGGCAGGUUGCUACGCUGGCCCUGUUGCUAGGGGGUGGAGCCCUGGUGCUGAUGUCGUUCCUGGUCGCUCUAGUUGCUGUGUGCAUCGGUACGAGGCGGCGAUUCUACGCACCCGUCGCCUUCAUGCUCUUCGCUGCAGAUGAAAGAGAAGACGUACAGAAGAAGACUUUUACAAAAUGGGUAAACUCACAGUUGGCUAAGCCUUCCAUUCUCCUCUUCUCUCUACCCUACCUGCAGGAGUCAGCCUGCCUGAUCCUCUACCGUGACUAA